CACACCACCUCAGUGUCUCAUUCUAUGUCCUUUCGGGCAUGUGCGGUGCAAGUGUCCAGACAAAGCCGCGAAGCUCGCCUGGACUGUAGACAUCCCAGUGCAAUCCGUGGCGAAAUUGUUUGUGAAGAGCUAGUUCUGCAGACCUAGCUAGCUAGCAGUUAGGUGCAAUCAGGUUACUAAUACCGCUACAUGGUAUUCACGUUCCUCUCGCCCGUGCUUAGUCGAUCAGCUAGACUAGACUGGGCGCUGUCAAGAUUCCUACGUGGACUACACAAAGCACUUGUCCGCGGUCAAUAUAGUCUACACAAGUAGAAUUGUCCGUUCUGGAAGGAUUCGGAGCCACUUGGUCCAGUACAAGGCUGGAGGCCGUCCUAGGAGCUGAUCGAUCUCACAUGCACAUGCACGUGCUGUACACUACCAUUCCUUGCUGUACAGUCUUGGCUGAGUUGCCAACACUCAUGAACAAUACUGCUGAGAAAGAAUGUCGGCACGUCCACAGAGUGUCUUCAUCGGGAGUCUGAUCAGACAACUUCAUACCGAGGACACACCCAACAACAACUCUGUGUCAGACCUGCUCGUGCUUGUCUCAGAAGUCAAGGGGCUCAAGGACUGUGGACUGUGCAAGUCAAAAGCAGGCUUCUACUGUGAGAUCGAGCUCAAUGGCGAUGUCGUGGGCCGAUCGUCUUGCAAGCAGGCCAGCACACCUGACUCGGUGUUCUGGGGCGAGCGCUUUCUGUUCGUCAACCUGCGCGUCAUCCGCACUGCCACGGUGAAGUUCUACCGAGACCUGGGCAAGCGGCGCUCGCCAUCCCAGUGCAUCGGCCACAUCCAAGUGCCGACGUUGGAAGCCGGACAUGGCGAGUUCACGGAGACGUGGUACCCACUAGAGGGCACGUCCCGCAGCCAUAGUUAUCUCCAGCUACGAGUGCGCUCGUCUUUUCAGCAAUUAUUAAUACUUGACCCACUUUCGUACCAGGCCUUACUACAGUAUGUAUUGGAUGACGUUGGCAAGAUGUGCCAGGUGUUAGAGCCGCUUCUGCCGUCCAAGUCCAAGGAUGAACUUGCUCAAACUCUGGUGUAUAUUCUGAAGGAGCAUCGGCAAGUUGUCCGCUUCAUGUCGUCCGUCCUCGUCAAUGAGGUGGAGACGCUCGAGAGAGAGAAUCUCAUCCUGCGCGCAAACUCGUUCGCGUCCAAGUCGAUCGACUGCUACAUGAAGCUAACCGGCACCCAGUACCUGAAGGAGCUGCUCACUCCCGUUGUCCUCUACAUCAUACACUCUGCACCGGACUGCGAGGUUGACCCCACACGACUACUGAAUACAGACAAGGAGAGUUUAGAAGAGAACCAGAAAGUUCUCAUGUCCAUCGUGGAGCGCGUGUGGACCACGGUUUACCAGGGCCUCGAAACGUUUCCACCGGAUCUCCGGUUCAUUUUCUCCGACGUGCGAGCGCGUGUAGCCGAUCGCGGAGAGACAAUGUGGAAGCGAAUAGUCAGCGGAACUGUCUUUCUGAGAUUCUUCUGCCCGGCCAUUCUGUCUCCUAGUUUAUUUCAUCUGACAAAUCAAUACCCCGAUGAGAGGGCGUGCCGGCGGUUAACGCUCGUGGCCAAGGUCAUCCAGAACUUGGCAAACGCAACGCGUUUCGGAGGCAAAGAAUCUUACAUGGUCUUUAUCAAUGACUUCAUGGAUCGGGAGAUGCCAACGAUGGACAUCUACCUGAACCAGGUUUCCAGUCACGUAUCGUACCAUGAAGACCUGGAGGUGCACGGCGUUCGCUCUCUAGCUGAGCUGAUGACCUACGACCUGCAGGUGUCUGACAAUUCGCCGGGGCUCAGCACCAGCUCCGACUUUGACGAUCUGCCCAUUGUCUCGCCGAAGAACAGCCGCUCGCGGAUACUGCCCAUUGGCGGGAGCGAUUCCCUUCUCUUUGAUCGCAAGCCGGUGACGCUGCUCGACUGCCCGGCACCGGUAAACCGAGACGCAGCUAUUCUACAGCGCAUUCUUGCCUAUCACCUGCCACGCCUGGAUCCGCUCGCUACACAGGAGCUUGACGAGCUUGUGUCGCUGGUGGCCCAGCUGCAGACUGACGUGGCACUGGAGAAAGCCAAGAUGAGUAUGCCACCGUCGACGUCCCCGAUCUGUCCCGUGGCGGACGGUAAGCAAGCCAAUGACCAGCGCUGCAAGAGCGAUGACGGUCGCUUGUUCCCGUUCUUCCCCGCUGGUGGCGAAGAGGAACCUGUGUCACCCAACGGCCUCUUUCAGAAGUGCCUUUCAGACUUAGAUUCUCCCAAAGGCCAGUCCAUAGAGAUCAACCUGUAGUCCAGUGAAGGUACUGGUGGCGGUGGCUGUGAUCACGUCUGUACAUAGAUUAGACUGCACGCUCGCCGCGGUGGUUGCAGAGUAGCUAUGCGCCCCGAGCGAGCGCGUCGUGUGUUCGUCCGUUGUCUUCCCGUCCUGAGUGUUGCGUCCGUCGGCCCGCUUGCCUGCCCGCACCCGCUGCCUAUCCCACUUGGCAUCAGCCGCAGAAGUCGGCCAUCAUCAAUGAAGAGCACUGAGCAUGUUCGAGCAGCCAAGGAAGUCCACACAUCUUGUGAUGCUUUGAACACAACUUGCUACAUGCUACCAGGAACUCAGUUGUAACUCGUUCCAGUGAUGCAGUGCCGACAAAGCCUGCCUUCUGCUCUGUAUCUGCUUCUAGCCGAGAGGUCUGAUGGUGCUGAUGCUAGCCAAGUGUUUUAGUCUUGCCCUCUUUCCUGCCUUAUUGCCACCCCCCCCCCCCCCUUUACACACCCCUCCUUCUCUCUCUCUCUCUCUCUCUCUCUCUCUCUCUCUCUCUCUCUCUCUCUCUCUCUCUCUCUCUCUCUCUCUCUCUCUCUUUCCGCCUCUCUCUUUCCGCCUCUCUCCAGCUCUAUUACCAUAUCUCCCUGUGUCUCUCACGGUUCCACCCCUGCCCCUAGGUCAGAGUUCUAAUUCAUAAAUAUAAACUAUACAGCCAAGUAGGCCUUUGAUAUGAAAAUAUAUAUAAUUAUUUUUUGUUUUAUUUCAUAUAUUACUAGUAUAUAAUUAUACAUUGUAGAAAGAAAUCCUCCUGUUCCUUUCCGGCGUAUUUCCCUUCAAAUAGAUUUCUUAUUUUUCGACAAUGUGGCACGAAAUUGACUGUUAGUGUCUAAUAAAAUUACGAAAUACUCUC